CACGUGUGUUCUCUGUUGACAGUUAUCUAAAAGUUGAUUCAGCUGAUGGAUAAUUUAGCCUUUACUAUUGUAAAUUAGACAGAAAAAAUCAAUCUUUCCUUGUUAGAAUAAUUUUUAAAGAGUUAUAUUACGAUGGAUGAUUUCGUACCAACUCGAGCCUCGCAAAAUAGAAAAAAUGCUGAGAAAGCACUCGAAAUUACAACUUUUGAGACACGUAAGAAAAUGUCUAAUCCGGCUAAGAAGAUCGUGAAUAAAGACAAGAAACCUAAAGAUGACGCUGAAAACGAUUUCGAUGAGGAAGAUAUGGAAGAUGAUGAUCCACCUAUGGAUGAUCGGAGAAAACAAGAAUUGGAAAUGAAAAGAUUUAGAUAUGAAGUUAUUAAAUUGGGUAUCUCUGCUUUGGAUAAGAAGAAAGCCAGAGCAGCGAAAGUAGAAUUAGCAAUCAGUUUAGGAGCAAAGCCACCAAAGAAUAAGAGAAGAAAUUACAAAAAAAUACUUGCAGAAAAGAAGCUGGAAACAAUACGAAAAAAUAGUAAAAAUAAGCUAGCUUCUGGUUUUGAUCCAAGCAAAUUGUUGAUGAAUAAACCAUCGAAGGUGAAAGUUAAGAAAAAGUUGAUAAAAAAGAAAUCACCUGUAGAAGAUAUAAAGAAAACUGGUAAGGAUGGAAUGAAGAAAGGUAAAGGUAAAGGAAAAGGUAAAAAGAAUUCUGGUGGUAUUCUUGGUAUGUAUGGUAGAGUUACGAAAGCCAAAGAGCAUCAAAAUAGUGGUGGAAAAAAACAGAAAAGGAAUUAAAUAUAAAGUUUCAUUUAACAUAUAAAUGAUAAGUUUAGUUAACUGUA